AAGCGAGAGAGAAAUCACACAAUGCCCGGCCGCGCAUCCACGAGAUCAACUCGCACCUCGAGUGCAACAACAGCAUCAACAGCGGCAGCACCCACACGCAGAUCAACUCGCGGGUCCGCCUCUGCUCGCGCCUCAACCAACGCCGUUGAUAUCCCAGACGAGGGUCCCGAAUCCUCGCUCCGCACACAAGUCAGCCAAAUCUUUGGCGAUGCCCAGAACACAACUGCCACGCAGCGCAAACUGCUGACGAGUUUGAGAAAGCUGCAAGAGCGAUGUUGUUUCGAGGUAGAUGAAGAAAAGAAGAAGAAAAAGGGACCCCAGGAAGAAGAGUUUGACGAAGAGGAAUUCAAUGGGGAGGUCAUGCGGUGUGUGCUCAGGAUAUUGAGCGUGAAGAAGGGCGAGAAUGUCGGAGAUCGUGUUAUCCGAUUCCUAGGUCUUUUUUUGAAGCAUGCGUCGGAUAAAGACCAAGCCAUUUUCCAGACUGAAGACGAAGAGGAAGCGGCUGCGUUCAGGGAGACACCUAGUAGCCGUCUGACCUCUCACAUCCUCACCACACUGAUCGGCUUCUUGACAGCCAAAGACAAGGUCGUUCGGUUCCGCGCGACACAGACAGUAGCCCACAUCGUUAACAACCUGGAGCAAAUCGACGACGAGAUAUUCGACCUCAUCAGACUCGGCUUCCUAAAGCGUCUGCGCGACAAGGAGUCUUCGGUGCGCGUGCAAGCAGUGCUUGGGCUGGGCCGCCUUGCCGGUAACGAUGACGAAGAGAAUGAAGAUGAAGACAGCGAUGAAGAUGUUGCUGGAGGCAUCUUGGAAAAGCUCAUGGACAUCAUGAUCAACGACUCGAGCGCAGAAGUACGACGCGCUGUGCUUCAAAAUCUGCCUUUCUGGCCGUCAACUCUCAAAUACAUUCUGGAACGUGCUCGAGAUAUGGAUCCGUCGAUGAGGCGCAUAGUGUACGGAAAGAUUUUGCCUACGUUAGGCGAUUUCCGUCACAUGUCGCUUGUUGAGCGCGAGAAGUUAAUCCGCUGGGGACUGAGAGAUCGCGACGACAUCGUUCGUAAAGCAGCUGCCCGUCUCUUCUGCGAGCGGUGGUUAGAGGACUGCGCCUCCUCCCACGAUACUCGUCCCGCGGAAGAGAAGAAGCCCGGAGAGCCUGCCCCUCUUAACAUUGAAGCUCUCACGGAAUUGUUGGAGCGUAUCGAUGUCACCAACUCAGGUGUCGAGGAUGGAAUCGCUCACGAAGCCAUGCGUGAAUUCUGGGAACUGCGCCCCGACUACCGCGAAUUCGUCACAUUCGACCACGAGUUCUGGCAAGAUCUCGACGCCCAGCAAGCAUUCAUCGCGCGAACUAUGAACGAUUAUUGCAGCAAUGUCGAGGACGACAGAAUCAGAGACAUGAUUGAAGAUAAGAUGCCUGAAGUUACCAUGUUUGCGUUUGUGGUUCUGAAACAUCUCAACACUCUAAUGGAACUUGUCGAGAAAGUCGCGCUCAUGGACGAAGACGAUCCUGAGACCGAGGAGGCUCAGGAAGAUGUUGAGGAGAAGGACUUUGUCGUUCAACAAUUGCUCCACAUUGCUCUCACUCUGGACUAUAGCGAUGAAGUGGGUCGACGGCAAAUGUACAACAUCAUGCGAGGCGCACUCGCUCGUGCUCAACUGCCCGAAGAGUGUACGAAGCUCGCUGUCGAAGUGUUACGUACAUGUUGUGGCACCCGUGGCGAGGCCGAUUUCUGCGCGGUCAUUCUCGAAGCCAUCGCUGAAGUUCGUGAUACGCUUAUGGACGACAAUGCGACCGAGCAAGGCGAGGAUGCAGAGGACUCUUUCCACUCUGCUCAGUCUGAUGUCAGCGAAGAUUCAGCUGUUCAAGCCGCAUCGAGCAAGAAGAAGACAGUCAAGCAGCUCGAUCCGGAAGAAGAGGAAGAGAAACGGAUCCGUGAAGUCAUGGUCUACUCCAAAUGCCUGCACAUCGCUCAGUGUACACUGCAGAAUGUACAUUGCGAUCUCGAGUCAGAUAACUCGCUGACUACCAUCCUGAACACAUUGAUUAUCCCUGCUGUUCGAGGUCAAGAGGCCAUGAUACGGGAACGUGGUGUGAUCUGUCUGGGUUUGGGCGCACUCCUUAGUAAGGAUCUCGCUUUGAAGAACCUUGAUUUGUUUUUCCACUGCUUCGCCAAAGGCCACGAUGCCCUCAAAGAAAUCGUUAUCCAAGUUCUCGCCGACGUCAUCAUCACACAUCCUUCCCUUCUCGCUCCCCCUGCCCCUGAUUCAGAAUCAGAAGAAGAAGAAGAAUCCGCUGAGCCCAAAGAGAACCCUCUCAUUAGACCCCUCACCAAAGUCCUCCUCAAAUCAUUCCGUUCCGACGACACCCAAAUCAGUCUCAUGGCCUGCACUGCAUCAUCCAAACUUCUCCUCCUCGGCAUACUCCCACCCACGGCCACAGCAGAGGUCCUCCGCGCCUUCGCCCUCACCUACUUUGACCCAGAAACCGCGCACAACCCCGCCCUCCGACAAGCGCUCAGCUACUUCCUCCCCGUCUUUUGUCAUUCGAAGCUCAAGAACGCGCUCCUCAUGGCACAAAUCGCAGUCCCGGUAGUUUCAAAGCUUCUCCUCAUGCGCGAAGACGUCAGCGACGAGGGCGACGAAAUGGUCAGCUGGCCAGUCAUCACCGCACAUCUCGCAGACUGGACCGAUGGACGCAAGGUCGUAGGCGUAGGCGUCUCCUCCACCACCACUCCCCUCGACCCUGCUACCGCCGCCCAACAAACCCAAUCUACAGAACAGCAACAGCAAGCUGAAGAACCGCAUAUCCACCUCGCAACUGACAUUCUCGAACGUGCCCUCGCGCACGCGUGCUCCAAAGAUGAACGGAAACCAUUACUCACCCUCCUUGGCAAACUCUCCAUUGCGUCCGCGGGACCCCCGCCGCUAGACGGCGGUGACGCCCUACGUGCGCUUCAUGAACUCUCUACUGAAGCCGUCGAAGCAAAAUUAGGCAUGGACGCCACCCAACGAAACGCCCUCGCAAAACUCGAAGCGAAUCUCGUCAAGCGCUUAGGCAAUGUAGAACCCGAACCCUCCGUUCACGAAGGCGACUCCGCCGCUACUGUCACCACGGGCGCUGGCGCAGAGGAGUCGAAGAAAGGCAGUGUUGAGCCUGCGGAGACAGAUGCAGACGAAGAAGAAGAGGAAGAAGAAGAUACCAUGAUGGCAGGGGUUCAGGGAGAGGGCACCAGAAUGCCGCUGGAAUAUGAAGAGGAGGGGGAUUUGGAGGGUAGCAGCGAGGUCACGCAGACUUCUGUUGGAAGGAAGGGGAAGGGCGUUGCGGUCACUGAGAGCGAUAUCGUGGAUGACCUGUUGGAUAGUGAGAUUUCGGAGUAGAAUUGUUUGAUAGGCGCUGGAAUGGCUGUGUUUCCGGCUGGAUUAGGUUGGCGUUCCUUUUUUGCGGUGUUGUUGUUAUCGAGAUUAUAUGGUUAUCUCCGCAUUUUGAGGCUCAGGGAGGAGGUGUUAUGGUGUUUUCGUGUGGUAAUGCCGGCAUGUUAGACUUGGCUUUUUGAUUUCCAAUAAUCAUUUUUACUGUUGAUAUCGAUUCUCUGUUCUUCGGGCAUUGAUUGCCGGUGUGCUUACUUACCUAUGCUCUAAGUCGGCGAUUUAUUAUGCCCCUCCUUGUCCUGCAUGUUGUAUUACAAAAUGUCAGCGAAACGAAGUCAGACUUUUCCCGGCAUACAAAAAGAAAAGCAAAAUGUAAGCCCACCACAGAGCAUUAUAAAACCCCGAGAUACCUGUCAUUCCCCUUGUCU